AUGGCCUCGGACGAGUCGCUCUUUGGCGCGUCCAUGGACGGAUUGCCGGCGUUCUUCACCAGCGGCAGUGUGGACGACACCAAGUACGAGUCGCUGCUGGCCGACCUGCGCGCGCACGACCUCCUGGGGCCCGUGGAGAGCGGCGCCCGAGCGACUGACGCCAGCAGCUCGUCGUCGCUCUUCUUCAAUGACGCCUUCUCGGCCGUCUUUAUGGGUACAUUCCAGUCGAAGCCACGUGCCGGAGGAGACUCGGUCCAUGCGGGAGCUCCUGGACCGCGCGCUGGGUCCGGAUUCCACGCUCCACCGGGACUGGCGUCGCCGUCUGAAGACCUGAAAUGGGCCAGAGGACAGCAGGCGUUCUCGAAGCUCGAGGAGAAGUUCCAGGGGACCGCCACUGCCGCAGCAACUAGAGCCUCGAGCUCUGCUGCUGGUGCUGCUGGUGCUGCUGCUGGACGGGCCCCGCCUCCAGGUUUGAGUCUGAGCUUGGAACAGGAUUCGGAGCUCGAUGAGAGCCAAGUGCCGGGUCUUCGUGGACUUGGACUGGACGAUGACGACGCGGUCGCUCCUGACGUGUCUCCCCCCCUACAGCAGAAGCGACAGGCAGCUCCUGUUCCUGCGCCACCGCUGCCUUAUUCACAGAGUGAGCAGCUGCCAAACGCGUGGAAGGCGCCGCAGCUGCCACCUCCAGAGUCGCCCCAUCACCAACACCAGCAAUACAUGCCACGCCCGCCGUCGUACAUGCAGCAGGGACAGUCUCCUCAUUCAGUGUACAGAGAAGAGGCACCAAUGCCGCCCAUGCCUCCACAGUUUUUUAGACGUGGGCCGCCUCCCCCGAUGCAGCCACCUUUUCCAGGACAUGCUGGCACGUAUGGACGCUACGGCAUGCCGCAUUUACCACCGCAGAUGCACCCACCUGCAUUCAAGAUGAUGACUCCGCGUGAUGUGAACUUUGUGAUGCAGCAGCAGAUGAAGUGGCUGCGCUCGAGCGACCCGUUCAGUGAUGAUUACUACUUUCACAAUUUCAUGCAAAAGCGAGCACGUGUGGGGGGGCCUGGUCGUCCGGCUGUCCCACUCCCGUCGUGGAAAUUGCAGCAUGUGAAGUCGGUUGAUCCCCGAGACAUGCAGCGCGAAGUCAAGUCGCGCAACUGGGAGUCGGAGUACCACGUUCUUGGACGCAAUACGCAGAGUAGUCUGUACCGUCCCAAGCGGUUGCUCAACCUUGCAGAUUCUGAUAAAACUCGCUCGCCUCUCGGUUCGUCGCCGACAAACGCUGAGGAUGUUGCAUGCGCACCAUUGAGCACCGACGCAGAUAGCGAGAAGACUGCACUCUCCCCUUCUUCUUCGGCAGCCGAGUCUAGCAGCGAAGUUGCCAGCUCCACGCAUGUACGAGGAUCGAGUCCUGGUGCUCAGACUGUCGCUGCGGAAGCCAAUGCUUCCAAGGUGCUGCGAAUGAGCAAAGAUGCAAGCCGCAACUCGGUGUUUGCCAAUGACACGUGGAACCUCCGCCUCCAGUUGGAUCGCGGCAUGCAAUGUUUGCUGUCUCUGCAGGAUGCGCGCCACCUGCUUGACGCUCGCGGGAUAAACGUGCAGCAAUUCCACUCGAUGGGUGAAGAUGAGAUGGAUGCAGCCCUCGUUGAAUUGCGCUCACGGACAACGUCGCUGUUGCUGGAAUUGGCGGCUUUGCUUGGAGUCAAUGUGCAUCAGCCUAGCGAUGUGGACGAUGACGCUGCGUCUAGUGGUGUCAUGAGCUGUGACGUGCAGCAGCUGCUAAAGAUGUUGACGGCUACCAAGGGGAAGAUGCUUGUGAGUCGCGCGCUGCCGCUGUUGCACCCGUCGGCCCGUUUUGUCCUCCUGCCUCAUCUCGUGGAUCAGCUUUUGUCCGGACAAAUUGACCGUGGACGCCAAGUGAGUGAUGCAGGUGACGAUCGCCUGUGCCAGACGCUGGUGCUGUUGUUGCUGUAUGUUCCGCCUACGCCGCCUGUUGAGCUGCUGACUGCAUGCCUUCAGCGCGCACUGGUUGGCCAUGAAGUGCAGACGUUGUCUGCCGUGUUACAUGACCGAGCUCGUGCCGAGGCCCUCCAGGCGCUGUUGCAGUGCGGCGGAUCGGCUGUGCAGCAGUUGGUGGAGACCGAAGGAGUGAACGCUGAACACGCGAAAAGUGUCAAGCAGAAUUGGGAGCACCACCAGAGCUUGUUUGUGCAGCUGGCCACUGCUAUCAAGCAAACGGCUUGA